AAAUUAAUCAAGAUGAUGACUGAAUCGCCUGAUGAAGCGUCGUUCCAGUUUGUUUGUAAAUUUGACUGAACUUCCCAACCUAAAUUUCGUUCAAAUACUGACUGCUGAAACACAAUUUGAAAGACAUCAUCAUGGAAGCCAUUUCCGUCAUCAGCGAAGGUUUGCGGCUGUUGCGGGAAUGUAAAGUGCCUCGGUUUUGCUCCCACGCUUACCCAGAUCAAAUGGACCAAAUGCAGGGCGAGUGGUCCGAGAGAUUGUUACAGUUGCUGCCCCAGUUGCUGGCCUGGAUCCAACAGCACCGGAAGACGCUGUUCGACGAGGAGUGGGGUUCGGUUACAUGGGAAUUCCGAAAGUAUUUCGUGUUGGUCUACUUCGAACAGGUCAAUCAAUCGCUGGAAUACGCACCAUUUCGGUUAGUGGCUGAUGAUGCAGAUGAUUUAGAAUUUCGCCUGUCGACGUUCAAAGCAGAGGUAGACCGCAUCCUCACUACGGAUGCGAAUUCGGGCAUUCGAAGCUGGUUGUUUCACUAUUACGGAAGCGAACUAGCAAUGCAGGGCUGGCAGUGUCGACCGGGUGAAACCUACAGUCUCGUUCGGUUGUGUCACUUUCUGGUGGAAAACGAACGGGAGACGGAUGUGCGCCUUGGGCCAAGGGUGGUGUCGUUUCUGGAAACUUUCGGUAAGCAGCUGCUGGGCUACCGUCAAAACCCGGAUUAUCAGGUGUUGGGACUUAUGUUGACGAAAUCGGUUAUGAAGCAUACGUAUAACAACCGCAGCUACACAAAUGAUUCCGAGGAGAUUUUGCAACUGACACUUAAUUUGAUUGGAACUACAGCGGAUCAAUACGACGAGGAUGUAUUGUGGGAUGUUGUAUACUAUGCCGUCAAGUUCAUACGUGAUCCGAACACUUUGCUGGACGACGAAAUCUUGCGAAUUUUGGGGUCCCUCCUAAAUCAGUCGGUGGACAUAAGACAGUCAUUGAUCUACCUUAAAGUUCUGAUUCAAAUGCUACUGUUGGACUUGCCGGAAGUCAAAUUAGAGGAGUUUGAACCGGAAUCGUGUACCAUUUCCGGUCGCAAAUGCGAUCGGGAGGAGUUUUGCUCGCACAUAAAGACCCGUCUACAAGACAAAGUCAAACGGCGAAUUUCUAAUCAAUGGCGGCUUCGAAGCGGAGCACUCAUUCCGAGGCUGCUUACUCGGUUUGUUAAUUUAGGGUAUGAGAGAAGCUGGCUUACAGCCUACCAAACCCGUUACUACCUGCAGGGCCUGGUCGUUCUACUGUCGGUGACGAUAUUUCCCGUCGGGCAGACCAGGCGACAACAACGCUUCCGAGUAACAAUGCUGGGUAGCUUGUUGGACGGAAUCCAUACUAAAGCAAAGGAACUGGUGGUGACUCUAGAGCGAACGUCGAACGAUCCGCUCUAUUUAAAAGAUCACCUAAUUCUACAUGAAAGUCUACUGGAACUAUACGCAAUAAUUUGCAGUGGUAUUCUGGAGCUGGAGCGUAUUUGGAAUCUUUCAGAAGCACGUCAACCACAUGGCGAGGCACGGGAUCAAAUGCAGAGCAGUCUGGCACUGCGAAAGCAUGGCGCUUGGGAAAGCCUCAUGAUCCUGCUCAAAACUAUGCACCAGUCGGUCGUCCGGGCGCGGGAAUCGGACCAAAACCAAGCCGUCGGCCCAGUUGGGUAAGUGAAAAUGUGCUGUCGAAGUUCUUGAUCAAAAAUAUGUAGCGAGAUGAAAGAUGUGAUGUCAUCAGAGUGAGACUUUGGGUUAAGGUAGUUCAGGAGAACUGAUAUCAGAGAGAUAGGUCAGCAGUGAGGGCAACUCGGUGUUUAAUUUUUUUAUAUACUUUCUAAUUAUUCAAGAUUUAAUGACAGUAAUAAAAAAAAAAACAAUGUUAUGGA